AAGUUUUCAGGUACCAUGACCUUCCUAGCCAUAUUAUUCGUUAUCGCGGUUCUUCUGCUGCUCGCGCAGCUCCCAGUUAUUGGAUUCUACAUUCGCGCCGUCUAUUUUGGAAUGUGCCUGAUUAUCGGAGGAUUUCUCGGUGGACUCGCGUCGAUUCCAUUCGGAAAAUCACCAAACAACCACUUCCGAAUGUUCAAAAUCUUCCAAGCAAUGACGUGGCCGAUGGGCGUCAGAUUUGAGCUGAGAAAUAGUGAGAUUCUCCACGACAAGAAGCCAUACAUUAUCAUUGCCAACCAUCAGAGUGCUCUUGACGUCUUGGGAAUGUCAUUCGCCUGGCCAGUCGAUUGUGUCGUGAUGCUCAAGUCGAGCCUCAAGUACCUUCCCGGCUUCAAUCUCUGUGCAUAUCUUUGUGAUUCCGUGUACAUCAACCGAUUCAGCAAGGAAAAGGCGCUCAAGACAGUUGACACCACGCUCCACGAGAUUGUCACCAAGAAGAGAAAGGUGUGGAUCUACCCAGAAGGAACCCGCAACGCCGAGCCAGAGCUUCUGCCGUUCAAGAAAGGAGCCUUCAUUCUUGCGAAACAAGCCAAGAUCCCAAUCGUCCCAUGCGUCUUCUCAUCUCACAAGUUCUUCUACAGCCACGCCGAGAAACGUCUCACCUCAGGAAACUGCAUCAUUGACAUUCUUCCAGAAGUAGAUUCAUCGAAAUUCGACUCAAUUGAUGACCUCUCAGCUCAUUGUAGGAAAAUAAUGCAGGCUCACCGCGAGAAGCUCGACGCAGAAGCCGCCAAUUUGAAUAUCUGAGUCAUUUUUUUUGCUGUUUUGUUUUAGGGUCCAAUUGUUAAUUCUUGCCGAUAGCUAUGGUUUUUAGUUUUCCAGUUUCCCAGUUAUGCAUUCCCACUAUCAUUUUGUGCCACAAAUUUCCCCUCGUCAUUUACAGUUUUCUCGUUGUUGCAACAUUGUUGCCGAAUGAAUUUUAUUUGCCUGCGAUGAAGAGGGGAAAGAAUAUAACAAAGAACACAAUAAUGUGCACCAAAAAUAGUGGUUUGACCUACAAAUUUUCUUUCAAAGAUUAUCAAAAAUUGAAAACGUUCGUGGCUAGCUAGUGCAAUUGUUUUUGAAUGGACAGCAAUCUGUUAGUCAAAUCAAGUUGCAAAAAAAAAAAUACAAAACGUGAAUUUCGAUCAAGCUUCAUUACAAUUUCCUGAAUUUCAAUUGGAAAUAAAUACAUUCUUAAA